UUUAUUUGUCGGUUUGGGUCCUUUUGGCCGGGUUCGUCAGCAAACGGUUCACAAUAAUUGCCAAUGCAGAAACCUUUUUGGCCCGCUGCUAAUGAGCCGAACAUCGCCGCAUCGCUUCUGCAUUUAGGCCUAAUAACUGUCGGCGAGGAAAGUCGGCAAAUGGCCAGUGGAGAGACGCCGAGAAACCUCCCGAAAAAGGCGCACAAGUCAAAGCAAAUUAAAAUAAGAAUCACGACAGGUUACCAUGCAAUCCCCCAAUCGAACCCGGGAGGACUUCAGCUCCAUUCGGAACAAACACGAAACGCCGCCAGAAAAGUUCAAGUCGGCUGGUGAAAGAAAUUUACAAGUGUUAAAUGUCGAACGCUUUUUGGCACUGAGGGGAAAUGCGUGCUGGCCGGCUUUCGACACGAAGGCAACGCGGAAACGGUGGACAAAUAAACCCCAGGUUGUAAAAUGCACUUAAAAA